AUGUUCCCCGUCAUUGUCCAUUUCUACCGAGGUGACAAGGCAUCCAGGCCCGUGGCCGUAAAGCAAGUUAAUCUCCAGCGCCAGGGCUGCGAGGAUGUGUUGAAGGAAAUCCUGGUCAUGAAAGAAUAUAAGAACCCCAAUAUUGUCACCUACCUAGAAAGCUACCUUGUCAAUGAGGAUGUCCUGGUGGUGUUGGAGUAUAUGGAUGGAGGCUCCUUAGCUGAUGUGGUCAGCAUGAAAAGGAUGGCUGUAGGACACAUAGCAACAGUGUGUCGGGAGUGCCUGCAAGGCCUGGCUUUCCUUCAUGCCAACCAGGUGAUCCACAGAGACAUCAAAAGUGACAACAUCCUUCUGGGCCGGGAUGGCUCCGUCAAGCUGGGUGGGUGUUCUGGGUCAGGCGCAGCGCUCCGGGGAGGCGGUGUGGGGCUGCUUUUGAGCGGCUGCCGGGUGCCCAGCAGUGGUGCUGGUGAGAGGGCAGGGAGCACUCUGCGAGCCCAGGGCGCAGCUGUAAGGGGCUGAGUGGUCUAGAGAGCAAGAAGGUAGCAAGAGUAACUUUGGUUUGUGUGUGUGUUCCUUCCAAAGGGAGAGAGUUACAGUGUAAACG